UGUGGCCAACAAUUACUCGAAAUCAGACUCGCAGAAAGGGAAAAUUAGGGUUUGAGCUAAGAGGAAGAGAAAGAGGAGGAAGAAGAAUUAUCGCCAUCAAGCUUCCUGAUGGCGAUGACGACGACGAAUAUCUCUUCCUUCUCCCUUUCUCUUCCUCAAGUCUUCACCAUCCGUAACAACAAACCCGCAAACCCUCCUCCUCCCUUCCUUUUCCCUCGGCUCAACUCGAGAUUCCGACCCCUCACUCUCACCGCUUCCGCCUCAGCUUCUCCCAACAGUUUCAGCGACGAUGGCAGCGGCUUCUCCCUCGACGAUUUCGCACUCCAUUCCGAUUCUCGAUCACCUAAUAAGAAGUGGUUACUUGCAGAUCUAAUCCAAGAGAUAGAACCAUUAGAUGUGAGUCUGAUUCAGAAAGAUGUUCCACUCACUACUUUGGACGCUAUGAAAAGAACAAUCUCAGGAAUGUUGGGUCUUCUUCCUUCUGAUAGGUUUCAAGUCCAUAUCGAAUCUCUUUGGGACCCUCUGUCUAAGCUACUCGUCUCUUCCAUGAUGACUGGGUAUACAUUGAGGAACGCAGAGUAUCGGCUUUUUCUUGAAAAGAACCUUGACAUGGAUGAUGAUGAGGACCUGGAAAGCCACGCUACAGAGAAAGGGACUGAUACGGAACACGGUGACGACGUUUCUGUUGAGAAUAAUGCUUCUUCAUCCACAAAGGAUAGCAACCUCUCUGAAAUGAUUGAUAAAGAAGGUCUUGGCAGAGUAUCCUCUGAAGCUCAAGAAUAUAUCUUCCGUCUGCAGUCACAAUUGUCUUCUGUGAAAAAAGAAUUACAAGAAGUGAGGCGAAAAAACGCUGCCCUUCAAAUGCAGCAGUUUGUUGGCGAAGAGAAGAAUGAUUUGUUAGACUAUUUAAGAUCGUUGCAACCUGAGAAGGUAGCUGAGUUGUCAGAACCCGCGGCUCCUGAGGUGAAAGAGACGAUCCACUCUGUUGUUCACGGUCUUCUCGCAACCCUUUCACCGAAAAUGCACUCUAAAUUGCCCGCAUCGGAAGCUCCACCUACUGAAACUGUAAAUGCUAAAGGCGAUGAAGAUUGUGCUGAGCUUGUAGAGAACACUUCGCUUCAUUAUCAACCUCUCAUCUCACUAACUCGAGAUUACCUUGCUCGUCUUCUCUUCUGGUGCAUGUUGUUAGGACACUAUCUCAGAGGUUUGGAAUAUCGAAUGGAACUAAUGGAGGUUCUAAAUUUGACAUGCGAUGCUAAUGGGUCUGAAAACGUUGCUUGAAGCUUAUCUUUAUGUUUCUCAAUAUCUUCUUUUAAAUGUUUUGUAUCACUGGCCUUUACUUUCAUACUUGAACCAACAAAGUGUGCAAGUGGAGGGGAAGACUGGCCAGCGUUGGAGCUUUAGAUCAUGCACAUAUAUGCAUUUUGGAGCUGGCCUGACCAAUUCGUUUUGUAUUGUAUUGUUGGAAGGAAUAAUUGAACUCUAGAGAUUGCUCUUUGCUAAAAUUUGUUUUGUAUUGUAUUGUUGGACCUGUAAAGCAAUAAAGCUAAAUGUAACUAUAUUGGGGAAUAUACUUGUUUGGUCAUUAA